UAUCCGUCCGAGAUUCUUCAUAACCCACAACGUUCGCCCGUUGGUGCCCGUCGGCUUCAACCUUUGCCAGCCUCCCGUCAAAUUCAGUAUGGUAUUCUUAGCAGGUGUUGCAGCUUUGCUGUUUGCGGCGCCGUCUAUCGCAACGGCUGCGGCAACGAGCCUCUCUGGUGGAGAAAAGGUCGCUUGCUCCAAGUUGAAGUCCAAAUACCCCGACAGUACCUUCUCGCCUGGGACUUCGGGCUACUCAUAUGAGACACAAGAGCCAUAUUGGUCAGCUACGGUGUACAGCAGCCCUGCAUGCGUUUUCGUUCCUCAAGAUGCCCAGCAAGUGGCUUAUGCAGUUACCGCAAUGACCUUGACACGUUCCAAAUUUGCUAUGCGAGGUGGAGGACAUAUGCCGAUACCUGGCUACAACGGGAUUGAUGGCUCUGGUGUACUGAUAUCCUCUUCCAAUUUGACGACCUUGUCACUUUCCUCGGACAAGUCUGUCGUCUCUGUCGGGCCCGGAAACAGGUGGAGAGACGUCUACGCCUAUCUGAAACCGUCUGGGCUCGCAGCUGUCGGUGGUCGUGUGGGCCACGUUGGUGUUCCCGGCUUGUUGCUCGGUGGUGGCAUCUCCUUCUACUCUUCGGAGUACGGGUUCGCUUCCGAUAAUGUUAUGAAGUAUCAGUGUGUGCUUUCCAGCGGCCAAAUCGUCGAAGCGACAGCGACGAAUAAGUAUUCAGAUCUCUUCUGGGCGUUGAGGGGCGGCGGGAACUCGUUCUGCAUCGUCACACGAUUUGACUUGCGACCAGUGGAGGGCAGCGACGUGCACGUCGGCAUUGGUCAGUUCGACCAGACUCAAGCAUCGGGGUACUUGGACGGCGUCUACAACUUCGGCAAAUACGGAGGUUCUGACCCAAAAGCCGCUAUCAUUCCGACUAUUCUUACCUUCCCUGCGGCGAACAUGACAGUCUAUGCAGCUGCCAAGUUUUACCACUCCGUCACUGACAACCCCAAAGUAUUCGAAAACUUCACUGCGCCAAAGCUUACCCCAGUCGCGGACUCAUACGCAUUGCAACCAUUAUCAGACUACAUUUCAGCUACAGAUGCCCUGCAGCCAUUAGGAUUGCGCCAGGAGUUCCGCACCCUUUCGUCCGUUGUUGACCGAAAGGCCGUGCAGCUCAUUCACGACACCUUCGUCUCCGGCGUCAACGCCAAGUUGCCCAGCGUUGCCAACCUCCAGGCUUCGAUCACCUUCCAGCCCAUCACUAAGGCAUUCUUAUCGCACAGCGCGAAGACUGGAGGCAACCCCCAAGGCGUUGAUGUUUCGAAAGCACCUUUCUUUUGGAUGGUGGAGAAUUUUACUUGGUCUUCAGCGAGCGAUGACGCGAAAGUGCGUGCUGCUGCUGAUGAGAUCACUGCAAGCAUCAACAGCUUGCUGCGCGCCGGAUCGUAUAGCGCUGACUAUCUCUACAUGAACGAUGCCGGGAAGGGCCAGCCCAUUUUCCAAAGCUACCCCGCUGCCAACUUGAGGAGGCUGAAGACUAUUCGCAAUAAGUACGAUCCUCUCAAGGUGUACACUAAUCUCAUGCCUGGUGGUUGGAAGGUCGGCGAUGCAUGAUGAAGCAACCCAACGAUCCGGUCCAACAACUGUGUACAAAACUCUAUCAAUACACCCUAUGCAGUCUCUACGAAUAUGCAAUGUCUCUCCCAGCGUCUUCAUUAAUAUGCUUCACGAUAAGCUCAAUUAGGAAGGAAGGCGCAAAGCACCCGAGCCGUGUCCACCCGCGAGAUCGGAUCAGCCGCUGCGGAGCCUAGGAAAACAGCCUCAAAAAGGGCCGAGACCAAGUUACGGUACCGGAGGAGCUACUUCAGUAGGAUGCUCUUAAUGCGAGCAACCCAAAAUCUCAUGCAGGGUCAGCUUGGAAGAAUUGCACCGUAAU